AUGUUCUUUGCACGACCCGAGGGUCAUGUGGUAUUGCUUCAGCUGGAGGGAUCUGAUCAGAUUCCCGUUAUGGAGGAAGAUCAGAGUGACGAGGACAAAAGCAAGGACUGGAUUAUCCGGCCGGCUUUGGGUCGGGUGGACCGUGUCAAUAAUCUUGAUUUUGGGAAUUCUGCAGGGACAGUGCAACUUUGUCGGGGGAUUGAGGCUUUGCAUUGA